AUGUCUCCGUUAGAUUUCUGGUCCACGUUCCAGAUUCCUAAAAAAGACGGUACUUUUCUGGCAGCGUCGUUUUUCCCGAAGAUCAGCUUGUUAGGGCUCAUCGUAUGCUUCGCACUGUUACGCAAACUCUAUCGACAUUUCUAUCCGGAACCCAUUCAUCAAAGCCUUUCGAGUCAAAGCAAGAACCAGUCGGCGAAUGAGAAGACAGCGCUGACACUUAAAGGCACGCUAACCAACUUUGGGGUCUCGACUGGUGCUGAACUUCAGGCCCGCUUUGGGGUUAUUUCUGACUAUAAGAAUUAUGUCUAUUUUAAAGGGAUGAAGUUUGCGUCUGCAGAUGGAGUGCACUGCUCCGGGUAUGUUAUUGUACAUAGUAAAUUUCUGGUAAAGUCGAAGGAUCUUUUGGCCAUUGCGAUGAUCAAACUCGCCCACGCUCGCUUCACGAAUGUAUACGUGUAUGAGGUGGAAGGCAACACGGUCAAGGAGACAGCCAGACUUGUAUACCCGGUAACUUUUGCAUGGUCGGAUUUGUGGCGACUCAAUGUUACAGUGUUGUUGUAA